AUGAUGCGGCCGCAGCUGUUUCGUGCGGCCGCCCGGUCUCUCCGGGUUCCUAAGGUCACCCCCAGGACCUUUGCGACGACAGCCCCUCGCGCGGCCGAGGUGGAACUCACCAUUGAUGGAAAGAAGGUAUCGGUAGAAGCUGGCUCGGCUCUCAUCCAAGCCUGUGAGCAAGCUGGCGCGACUAUUCCUAGAUAUUGCUAUCACGAAAAACUUUUGGUUGCAGGAAACUGUCGCAUGUGUCUCGUCGAAGUCGAACGUGCUCCCAAGCCGGUGGCUUCCUGUGCUUGGCCGGUUCAACCCGGUAUGGUGGUGAAGACGAAUUCGCCGCUAGUUCACAAGGCAAGAGAGGGUGUCAUGGAGUUCCUUCUCGCCAACCAUCCUCUAGACUGCCCCGUCUGCGAUCAAGGUGGAGAGUGUGAUCUUCAGGACCAGUCGAUGCGUUACGGUGCCGAUCGAGGCCGAUUCCAUGAAACUGGCGGAAAGCGUGCUGUGGAGGACAAAAACAUUGGACCCCUGGUCAAGACCUCAAUGAACCGAUGCAUUCACUGCACUCGUUGCGUCCGAUUCAUGAACGACGUCGCCGGUGCCCCAGAACUCGGAGCCGCUGGCCGCGGAAACGACAUGCAGAUUGGAACCUACCUCGAGCAGAACCUUAACUCCGAACUCUCAGGCAAUGUCAUUGAUCUGUGCCCCGUCGGUGCACUGACCUCGAAGCCGUACGCUUUCCGGGCACGUCCGUGGGAGCUCAAGCACACUGAAUCGAUCGACGUCCUUGACGCGCUUGGCUCGAACAUUCGGAUUGAUAGCAGAGGAUUGGAAGUGAUGCGAAUCGUCCCCCGGUUGAAUGAUGAUAUCAACGAAGAAUGGAUCAAUGACAAGUCUCGAUUCGCAUGCGACGGACUGAAGAACCAACGGCUCACAACCCCACUUAUUCGCCGGGAGGGUAAAUUCGUGCCUGCAACCUGGGAACAGGCUUUGACUGAGAUCUCCGAAGCUCAUCAGAAGCUGCAGCCGCAGGCAAAUGAGUUCAAGGCUGUCGCUGGCCACUUGGUCGACACUGAGACGCUCGUUGCCAUGAAAGACUUGGCGAACAAGCUUGGCUCUGACAACCUUGCCCUCGAUCAACCUGGAGGUGGUUCUCCCAUUGCCCAUGGAAUCGACGUUCGUUCCAACUACCUGUUCAACUCCAAGAUCUAUGGAAUUGAAGAGGCCGAUGCAAUCCUUCUGGUUGCAACAAACCCUCGUCACGAAGCUGCUGUUCUCAAUGCUCGUAUUCGCAAGCAGUAUCUCAGAUCUGAUCUUGAGAUUGGGCUUGUCGGUGAGGAAUUUGAGAGCACUUUCGACUUCAACCACCUAGGCACCGAUGUCUCUGCUUUGAAGACCGCUUUGUCCGGGGAAUUCGGCAAGAAGCUUGCCGCUGCCGAACGGCCAAUGAUUGUUGUCGGCAGCGCUGCUGCAGAGCACCCUGACGCCAAGGCCAUCUUCGAGGCUGUCGGUGGCUUCGUUGAGAAGCAUGCAGCCAGCUUCAUCACCCCUGAGUGGCAGGGCUACAACGUACUCCAGCGUGCGGCAUCUCGAGCCGGUGCUUAUGAAGUUGGCUUCACUGCACCAUCAACCCAGGUGGCCCAGACUACCCCCAAGAUGGUGUGGCUGUUGGGUGCAGAUGAGAUCGCUCAAAGCGAGAUCCCUAAGAACGCCUUUGUCAUCUAUCAAGGACACCACGGCGAUCGCGGUGCUCAGCUUGCUGAUGUCGUUCUCCCGGGCGCAGCAUACACCGAGAAGUCCGGUACAUACCUCAACACAGAAGGCCGUGUGCAGGUUACCCGUGCUGCCACUUCCCUCCCCGGUGCGGCUCGUGAUGAUUGGAAGAUCAUCCGUGCCACUAGCGAGUUCCUCGGUGCGCCUCUUCCUUAUGAUGACAUCGAAGCGCUCCGUGAUCGCAUGGAGGAAAUCAGCCCUGUUAUGCGUCGGUACGACGUUGUUGAGCCAACUUCAGUCAAUUCUUUGAGCAAAGUCCAGCUCGUAGACCAGAACAAGGGAUCCGCGGCUACUGGAGCUCCUUUCAAGAAAGUGAUCGAAGACUUCUUCUUCACCGAUGCUAUCUCUAGAAGUUCUCCCACCAUGGCCCGCGCAUCUGCUGCCAAGGCCACUGGAAACCCUGAGACUAACUUCAUGGCCGCAGGAGAAAUGUCUCCCCAAGCUUUGUAUGGCUAG